AUGUCUCAAACUGAUGAGUCGGAUAUCAAACUGAAAACACGUUUUGGGGGGCAGGUGCUCGUUUUGUAUCAAAAGCUUCCACUUCGCCUCGAGACAUUCCUCGGCUCACUGAGAGAAGCCUGCAAACAACAACAAAAUCAGCCGAUCACUGUGAAAUGGAUUGACGAUGAAGGAGAUCCUUGUACAAUUUCGUCACAACGAGAGCUUGAUGAGGCCGUUCGAUUGAUGCGAGAAAAUCAUGAAGCUGAAUUGAAUGUUCAUGUUUUUCAAGGUCUUCCUGCCCUGCCUGGCCUUCCCGCGCAUGGAGAAGAUAAAAAUGUCUAUCGACGAGGUGCGAGACGCUGGAAGAAAUUUUAUCAUGUCAAUGGGCAUCGUUUCCAAGCCAAACGUCUUAAUAGGCGUAUCCAAUGCAUGAUUUGUCACGACUACAUGUGGGGAAUCGGUCGACAAGGAUUUCGAUGUGCUGAUUGCAAAUUGUGUGUACAUAAGAAAUGUCAUCGUUCUGUGCGCACACCUUGUGGAGAUAAUGUGACACCAAUUUUCGGAACGGGAGAACCUGCGCCACGGCCACUUCAGCCACUCAAUGGUCAUCAAUCUCAAGAGAUGAAAGGAAUCGAAAAUGGCGCUUUCAAAGAAAGCGAAAUUGAGGCUGAUGAGAAUGGAAUUUCGCCAUACCCAACGAGAACACAAUCCGAUAGUCGGUGGCAGGUCUCACUAAACGACUUCAAUUUGUUGACCGUUAUUGGAAGAGGAUCGUAUGCUAAAGUCGUGCAAGCUGAGCAUAAAAAGACGAAACAAAUUUAUGCGAUCAAAAUCAUCAAGAAACAAAUGUUCAAUGAAGAUGAGGACAUUGACUGGGUGCAAACGGAAAAGAGUGUUUUUGAGGCAGCUUCCAACCAUCCUUUCCUUGUCGGCCUCCACUCAUGUUUCCAGACUGAUUCCCGUUUGUUCUUUGUGAUCGAGUUUGUUCCUGGCGGAGAUUUGAUGUAUCAUAUGCAACGACAACGCAAAUUGGCUGAAGAUCAUGCACGAUUUUAUUCAGCCGAAAUCAUCCUCGCUUUGCAUUUCCUACACUCAAGGGGCAUAAUUUAUCGUGAUCUGAAACUCGACAACGUGCUCAUCGAUACGGAUGGACAUAUUAAACUAACGGAUUAUGGAAUGUGCAAAGAAAACAUCGGUCCUGGUGAUGUGACGUCUACAUUCUGCGGUACUCCAAACUACAUUGCUCCCGAAAUUCUGAGAGGAGACGAUUAUGGUUUCAGCGUUGAUUGGUGGGCGUUAGGUGUGUUGAUGUUCGAGAUGAUGGCCGGACGAUCACCCUUCGAUUUUGUUUCACCGACUGGAGAUCAAGACAUGAACACCGAGGAUGCCCUUUUCCAGACGAUUCUCGAGAAGCAGAUUCGAAUUCCACGCAAUUUGUCGGUGAAAGCUUCCCAAGUUUUGAAAGGAUUCCUCAACAAGGAGCCAACAGAACGGCUUGGUUGUUGUCGAGAUUUAAGCCAGGCUCUUCAAGACAUGCAAGAACAUACAUUCUUCAAAACAUUUAUCGAUUGGGAAAUGCUCGAACAACGUCAAGUACCUCCACCCUAUAACCCAAAUGUCACCGGCAUGCGAGAUCUUCAGCAUUUCGAUCAACAAUUCACCGAGGAAAAUCCAAACUUAACUGUCGAUGAUCCAUCGGUUAUUGCCCGAAUCGACCAGAGUGAAUUUGACGGCUUCGAUUAUGUGAAUCCACUUAAAAUGAGCACUGAAGACGAGGUU